AUGGCUAGUGAGGAGAGUUUCCUAGUUCUGGUACAUUACAGAGGGUCCAUUAAGAGAAAAACUCGGUCCGGCGUUAAGUUCACUGAUAAGGAUCCCCUAUGUAUUAUCGUGACGCCGACAACCACCUACGAUGCACUUGUUAGCUCUGUGCUGGAGAAGCUGGGUCUUGCAGGCGUUAAAAGGGUGAAGAAGUUUUUCUACCGCAUUCCUACAGCGGUGCUCCAUGACACCGUGAAGUUUGAUUGUUUCACAAUCGGUAGUGACGAGGACUUGCAGGUUAUGUUUCUUUCUCGUAGGCAGUUUCCCGAGGUAAGGACACCGGAGUUGUUGGCUAAGUUGGUUGAUGUGGUAUCUAGCUCGGGUGGUUCGAACCGGAAUGCCACUACUAUAGCCGCGGUUGCCGGCUCGAGCUCGAGACCUGCUGUUGCUUCAUCCUCUGCUCCUGUGUAUGAGCCACCGAUGCAGCCUGUUGCGUCCCCUUCGUUUGCCGUUGAUCUGAGCGGCAAUGUUGGAGACGAGGUUCGGCACGGGGAACAUAUUCCCACCGAGGUACAUUGUCCCACACCGGCUGGUGUUGGUGAUGGUUUGUUUGAUGAUCCAGAUGACGAUGACGCGGAGCCGGAUUUCAUCGCUGAUGAAAGCGGCGAUGAUGUUGGGACUACUGUUCCGACAAGGGCUAUAGGUGGAUCUAGUUCUGGCACACAGCAGUAUCCACCCCAUUUUUCCUCAUUGGACCUUGAUGCCAUGCGGCAAGACGAUGAUGUUCUGCAGGCCUCAGGAUUUGGUGCUAGAGAUACCGAGGGGUCUACCGGUAUGAACGAGUUGCAGGUUGGCCAACAAUUUCAAGAUAAAGAUGAGGCGCUGUUGAGUGUGAAGACGUACAGUAUCCGUCGAGGGGUCCAGUACAAGGUCGUUGAGUCUGAUUAUCGCAGGUACGUGGGAAAGUGUUCUGAGUUUGGGAAUGGGUGCACAUGGCUAAUUCGGUUGAGUCUCCGACAGCGGAAGGGUAUCUGGGAAGUGAAGCGAUACAACGGACCGCAUACAUGUCUUGCCAGCUCCAUCUCCAGCGACCAUAGGAGUCUGGACUACCAUGUCAUAUCCACCUUCGUUAUGCCGAUGGUUAGGGCUGAUGCAGGUGUGAACAUCAAGGUGCUCCAAAAUGCCACGGCCGCACACUUUGGGUUCAGGCCUACGUACUGGAGGGUAUGGAUGGCGAAGCAGAAGGCCGUUGCCGUGAUAUAUGGGGACUGGGAGGAGUCGUACAAUGAGCUCCCUAGGUGGGUUUUAGGAGUGCAGCUGACGAUGCCUGGCACUGUAGCCGUCCUCAGGACUUGCCCUGUUCGAGUUGGGGGACAGGUUGACGAUUCUCAGGUUUAUUUUCAUAGGCUGUUCUGGACUUUCCCCCCUUGUAUCCAGGCAUUCUGUCAUUGCAAGCCUUUGGUGAGUAUUGACGGCACCCAUUUAUAUGGGAAGUAUGGGGGAACACUGCUAAUCGCCAUUGCACAAGACGGAAACUCGAACAUCCUACCCGUGGCAUUUGCACUAGUUGAGGGUGAGAAUGCUGAGUCAUGGUCUUUCUUUCUUUCCCACCUCCGUGAGCACGUGACACCUCAGCCCGCGAAUUUUGCGUUGACGUUCAAGGGAAAAGAUGCACGGAGGCUUCUUGUUAACGCCGCAUAUGCCAAGACCGAGGUGGAGUUCGACUACUGGUUUGACAUUCUGCGCUCUGAGAAUCCGGCAAUGUGUGACUGGACGAACCGAAUCGAGUAUUCGUUGUGGACACAGCACUGUGAUGAGGGUCGGAGAUUCGGGCACAUGACGACCAAUAUUUCGGAGUGUGUCAACUCAAUCCUGAAGGGGGUUAGAAACCUCCCAGUAUGCUCCCUGGUGAAGGCCACAUACGGAAGGCUUGCUGAGCUAUUUGUCCGUAAGGGGAGGGAGGCCGAGGCUCAGAUGGGUACUGGACAACAAUUCAGUCAAUACCUAGUAAAGUGUAUCGAGGCCAACCUGAGAACAGCCCGGCAUUUCACGGUUACUCUUUACGACAGGGACAACUCGGAGUACACCGUUGCUGAGACGACUCCGACAGGCUCAUUCUCUCUUGGUACGUACAGGGUCUCAUUAGGGUCUAAGACUUGUGAUUGUGGAUACUUCCAAGCACUUCAUUUUCCCUGUUCGCAUGCACUUGCAUGCUGUGCUUAUUCACGGCUUACAUGGCAGCCUUACGUGCACGAGGUAUACCGGCUUAGCUCCGUUUUCGGCGUCUAUCAGAUGGUAUUUGCCCCUCCCAUACCGGAGGGUUUCUGGCCACCUUAUGCCGGGCCUACAGUUAUACCGGAUCCGAGUAUGAGGCGUGCGAGGGAGGGUCGUCCUAGAUCCACAAGAAUUCGAACCAACAUGGAUGAAGCAGAUCCGAACCGGCCAAAGAGAUGUGGCCUCUGCAGGCAGCCAGGACACACCAGGCGUAGUUGUCCACAAGCCGCAGGCCCAAGCGGUACUGCUAGAAAUGAGUAG